AUGGUGGCGAGGUGCGUGCACGCCGAUGCCUUCCGCCUCUGGCCGAUCUUCUCGGCCGCCACGCUGCGGCGGAAGCUUCUUGAGGUCCUCACCUGCGGCGGCGGCGGGGGUGGAGGUUCUUGCCGCGGGCGGGCGUCCUGCCGGUCGCCCAAGCCGCGGACGCAGUCGAUGCCGAGGCCGCGGUCCGACCGGCUCGCGGAGCUGCUCAGGGCCGAGCCGUCCGAGUGCGGCGACGGCGACGACGAGGGCGAGGCUGACGCGGCCGCCAGGAAGGCGGCCGCGCUGGAGGAGCUGAAGGUCGUCGUCGCCGCCCUUCAGGAUGGAGAUGGCGACGGAGAGAGUGCCGGCGGUGUGUCGUGGCGUGUCGAGGCGGCUACGGUCGUGCGGAGGAAGGCCAAGGACGACGCCGUGGCGCGGGAGAUGCUCGCGAUGCUCGGCGCCAUCCCGCCGCUCGUCGCCAUGCUCGACGACAGGGACGGAGGCGGCGAGGAGCUCCUGGCCGCCGCGCUGUACGCGCUCCUGAACUUGGGGAUCGGCAACGACACGAACAAGGCGGCGAUCGUGCAGGCGGGCGCCGUGCACAAGAUGCUCCGCAUUGCGGAGGGCGCGUCCGGCGCGCUGACGGAGGCGCUGGUGGCCAACUUCCUGUGCCUGAGCGCGCUGGACGCGAACAAGCCCAUCAUCGGCGCCUCCGGGGCGGCCCCGUUCCUGGUGCGCGCGUUCGAGUCCGCGGCGACCGGGCAGACGCGGCACGACGCCCUGCGCGCGCUCCUGAACCUGUCCAUCGCGGCGGCGAACGCGCCGCACCUGCUGGCGGCAGGGCUGGCGCCGUCGCUGCUGGCGGCCGUCGGGGACGCGUCCGCGUCGGACCGGGCGCUCGCGGCGCUCUGCAACAUCGUGGAGGCCUGCCCGGAGGGCCGGCGCGCGGUGAGCCGCGUCCCGGACGCGGUGCCGGUGCUGGUGGACGUGCUCAACUGGUCGGACGAGGCCGGGUGCCAGGAGAAGGCGGCGUACGUGCUGAUGGUGCUGGCGCACCGCAGCUACGGCGACCGCGUGGCCAUGUGCGAGGCCGGCGCCACGUCCGCGCUCCUGGAGCUGACGCUGGUGGGCACGGCGCUGGCGCAGAGGCGCGCGUCCAGGAUCCUGGAGAUCCUGCGCGCCGACAAGGGCAAGCAGGCGGCCGAGAGCGUCGUGGUUGCCACCGUGUCGGCCCCGCAGGAGCGCGGCGCCGGAGGGCCGUGCCGGGAGGAGGAGGAGGCGGAGGGCGACGAGGCGUGCAUGAGCAACGAGAAGCGCGCCGUGCGGCAGCUGGUGCAGCAGAGCCUGCAGAGCAACCUGCGGCGGAUCGUGCGGCGCGCGCGGCUGCCGCGGGAGCUGGCGCCGGCGUCGGCGUCGGCCGAGAGCCUCAAGGCGCUCACCGCCUCGUCCACCUCCAAGAGCCUGCCGUUCUGA